AUGCGCAUCUUGUCAUUGAUUCCCAUCUUGCUCUUGACGACGACGCAGGACUUUGGUCAUGCCGCCCCCAUGGUAGAAACAUCCCUCGCUCCAGAGGGGACACCGACUGGCGGUGCGAGCGGCAUUGAGGUCUUGUCGACUCCACAAUCAUCAUCUCCUGUCGCUUCUCAAAAGCCAAAAAAGUGUCGUAGAAAAAAGAACAAGCACUCGCAAGUGCCAACACCUACUACGACAUCCAGCAUCGAGAUUAGUGUAGCUACACCCACGGGAAACAAUUUCAUUAAUGAACCACAGGGUACUCCUCAGGGUAUGCCUCAGGGUGCACAUCAGGGUAACCCUACCGAUCCAAACCCGAUUAUCACACCCGAUCGCUCCGAUGAGACGCGUUUGCCCAUCCAAAUCAUUCAGACGGGUGUCCCCAUCCCGAUGCCCGUCAUUGAGCCCUCAAAGCCCGUAGAGACGGGCAUGCCCAGAGACAAUGGAAUACCCACAGAGACUCCCAGAGAGCGAGAAGAAGAGAUGCCUGUCCAGAUCUCGACCAUUCCCUUCCCUACCGGCAUGCCAAACGAAAACAAUGGUAACCGCGGGAAUAACAACAUGCCCCACGAGAACAACGGUAAUCGCGGGAAUAACAACAUGCCCCACGAGAACAACGGUAAUCGCGGGAAUAACGGAAACAACAACAACAUGCCACACGGGAAUAACGGUAAUGGCGGAAACAACGGAAACAACAACAACAUGCCACACGAGAAUAACGGUAAUGGCGGAAACAACGGAAACAACAACAACAUGCCACACGAGAAUAACGGUAAUGGCGGAAACAACGGAAACAACAACAACAUGCCACACGAGAAUAACGGUAAUGGCGGAAACAACGGAAACAACAACAUUGUCACCACCACCGUCCUCGAAACUGUCAUUCAAACCAUCACCGAUUCCGCCGCAUGCACAACCACCACCAUCAACAAUGGCGGAAACAACAACAAUGGCGGUUCUCAAUCCACCACCACUGUCCUCGAAACUGUUGUCGUCACUCGAUCGGAUUCUGCGGCGUGCACGACGACUUUACCCACGCCCACGCCCACGCCAGGUGGAAACAAUGGCGGAAAUAACGGUGGUUACAACAAUAACAACGGCAACAAUGGCAAUAACGGUGGUUACAACAAUAACAACGGCAACAAUGGCAAUAACGGUGGUUACAACAAUAACAACGGUAACAAGGGCAAUAACGGGUUCCAAUCUGGUCAAAAAACGACCGCUGCACCCACGCCGACACCUACCCCCGGAAAAGGACUUCAACCCGGUGACAACAAAAACGACGGUGGUGCUGCCAAGGACAACAAGAACAACGGCGGAGCUGCCAAGGACAACAAGAACAACGGUGGGGCUGCCAAAGACAACAAGAACAACGGCGGUAACAACGGAGGAGCUGCCAAGGACAACAAGAACAACGGCGGCAACAACGGAGGAGCUGCCAAGGACAACAAGAACAAUGGCGGUAACAACGGAGGAGCUGCCAAGGACAACAAGAACAAUGGCGGUAACAAUGGAGGAGCUGCCAAGGACAACAAGAACAACGGCGGUAACAAUGGAGGAGCUGCCAAGGACAACAAGAACAACGGCGGUAACAAUGGAGGAGCUGCCAAGGACAACAAGAACAACGGAGGAGCUGCCAAGGACAACAACAACAACGGUGGGGCCGCGAAAGACAACAAGAACAACGGCGGUAACAAUGGCGGUGCUGCCAAGGACAACAAGAACAACGGUGGUGCUGCCAAGGACAACAAAAACAAUGGCGGUAACAAUGGCGGUGCUGCCAAGGACAACGGCGGAGCCGCAAAAGACAACAAGAACAAUGGCGGUAAUAACGGGCGGAGCCGCCAAGGGAGGAGACAACAAGAACGUCUCCCCCGGUGCCAUCCCCUCUGCCAACAAAUGGUCUCGACCGUCAUUGUCCAACCUGAAAACGAGGCCACAAUCCCCAUCGGUCAAGACUUUAAAGUCCAGAUCAAUGUAGCUAAUCUCCAAACCGGCUUCUUUUCUGACCCCCAAACCCUCUACUACGCCCUCCCCCAACAACUCAACGCCCAGGGUAUCAUCCAAGGCCAUCAACACAUUACCAUCCAACGCAUCGCAGCCAACGCCAACGACAACCUCGCGGCCCCCGACGCCCAAAUCUUCCAGUUCUUCAAAGGUCUCAAUGAUCCCGCCGAUGGAUCUGGCAAUAUGGAGACAACCGUCCCUGGAACGUCAUUCACAACCUCUGGACCCGGGGUCUACCGUAUUUGUUCCAUGUCGGGAUCGUUUUCGCAUCAGCCGCUUGUGAUGCCCGUUGCUCAGCGUGGAGCCCAGGAUGAUUGUAUUCGGGUCAAUGUUGUUGCGCAAGGGAAUAAGCAGGCUGGUAACAAGCAAGCUGACAAUAAGCAAGCCGACAACAAGCAGGCGGAUAACAAGCAAGCUGACAAUAAGCAAGCUGACAAUAAGCAGGCGGAUAACAAGCAAGCUGAUAAUAAGCAAGCGGGCAACAAGCAAGCUGACAACAAGCAGGCGGAUAACAAGCAAGCUGAUAAUAAGCAAGCGGGCAACAAGCAAGCCGACAACAAGCAGGCGGAUAACAAGCAAGCUGAUAAUAAGCAAGCGGGCAACAAGCAAGCUGACAACAAGCAAGCUGACAACAAGCAAGCGGAUAACAAGGAAGCUGACAAUAAGCAAGCUGACAAUAAGCAGGCGGAUAACAAGCAAGCUGACAAUAAGCAGGCGGAUAACAAGCAAGCGGAUAACAAGCAAGCUGACAACAAGCAAGCGGAUAACAAGCAAGCGGAUAACAAGCAAGCUGAUAAUAAGCAAGCCGAUAACAAGCAGGGCGACAAUAAGCAAGCUGACAAUAAGCAGGCGAACAACAAGCAAGCGGACAACAAGCAAGCUGACAAGAAGCAAGUGGACAACAGGAACAACCGUGGCAACAAUGGCAAUGCAGGCAAUGCCAACCGUAACCGAAUGACCCGUCGGUUCCACUAG